GGCAACGAUGCAAUUCCCGCAGUUGCUGGCAGCAUCAGACACGUCGUUGACUUUUCCAUUUUCCCUUCCAGCUUUUAGGAUAAACUCCAGUUUGGAUUGAUUUCGACUUUACGGUUGUUAUUGCAGUUUACUCGGGAACUUCUUACAUUGGGUUUAUUCAAACAACAGCAGCAUUAACUAAAGGAGCAACAACAAACAAACAGCGAAAAUGAAUUAUUCGAAAACAUCCUACAGAAAAUCGAUGGGGACUUCCUCCUAUCCGACAGCAACUACUAAGAUAAUUCGCAAAAGUAGGGUAUCAAGUGUCGGAUCAAAUUAUGGCUCACCCUUACAUUUCAAAGAUGGUGUCGUCAGUUCGCUUUCUUCAAAAGGGGCCACUGAUAUCAAGUGCACCAGGGAGAAAGAAAAAAAGGAGAUGCAAGAUUUGAACGAAAGGUUUGCCAACUACAUCGAAAAGGUCCGUUUCCUUGAAACUGAAAAUAAGGCGUUAAAAGAAGCAUUGAAAAAACAAAAACGCGACUUUAACAUUGAGCCGAUGAAGGCUAUGUACCAGACCGAAAUAGACGAACUCAAGAAGCAACUGCUAACGACCACCGACGAAAAUGCAACUCUGAAAGCCCGCAUUGCAACCUUAGAAGAGGAAAUGGAGGGCUUAAACGGACAAAUCCGUCAUCUCAAAGAUGUCAACGAGGAACAACAAAACACCAUCGAAAAUCUCAAUGAGGAGAUAUCCCGACGCAUGUCUGAGUGUGAGAUGCUGAGAAGGAAGGUCCAGGAACUCGAGAAACAACUCUCUGACUGGAAAACUAGGCAUAGCCACCUUGAUAGCCAGUUGCAAGCUCUCAGAAUUGAACUGCAGGAGGAAACUGCUAGUCGUCUCGCUGAAAGCACUCGUGCCCAAUCUUUGGAAGAUGAGCUUAAUUUCUUGAAAGACAUUUAUGAAACUGAAAUCAAAGAAUACAAAGCUUUGUUGGCAAAGGAUAACAGCUUCCCUGAUAUGCGUGAAUACUGGACAUCUGAAAUGGGAUCAUGCAUAAAAGAAAUUAGUCAAGAAUAUGAAAGUCAGCUGGAGGCUUUGGCAUCUAGCUUGGAAGCAAGAUACGAAUCCCAGAUCAGUGAAAUACGCAUGGGUACUUCCAAAGGAGCUGUUGAACUGACGCAACUGACCGACGAGAACAGGAGAUUGAAAAUGCAAAAGAGCGAGCUGGAAGACAGAAUACGCGAUCUUGAAACACAGCUUGCUCAACUGACUGGCCAACUAAGAUCAGUGACAAUGGAGUUAGAAACUACUAUAAACGACUUAGAUCACGAAAAGGAGGCACACAGGAACGACGUCGAAAGACUUCAACUUGAAUUAGAAGGACUGAUGAAGGAACUGCAAGAUCUGAUGGAUGCCAAACUGUCGAUGGAACUUGAGAUUGCUGCUUAUCGCAAACUGUUGGAGGGCGAAGAACACAGGAUAAGUCAUAGCAGUAUGGUGAGCUCAAUCGGAGGAUUCCAGAGCUCUUCGGAGGAAGCACUUUCUAAUGCCAUUAUGCAAAGGUCAACAGCAUUCAAGUCAUCCAUGUCAGCAGAAGGCAGUAUUGCCAACAUGGGUGCAGCUCGUAUAACAGUCCACCGGUCGUCGUCAGGCCCAGUUGCCGUUGUUGAAAUCGAGACAAAUGGACAAUACAUUUCCUUGGAAGAGACAGGUGCUCGAAAAAUAGGAAGGCCAACAAACCUAAAAGGCUGGACUCUUGAGCGCCAAAUGGAACAAGGCGGCAAACUAUUGAGUCACAAAUUUACGGACGACGUCAUUUUCACGGGCAAGAUCCCAAUUAAGGUAUGGGGCUCGAAAUACAGCUCAAGUGCUUCCAAGAACGACAUCGUGAGCCACAUUAACGAGUGGGGAAGUGCUACCGCUGUUUCCAAGACUGUUCUCAAAGACGAAAACAAUAUGGAGAAAGCCGUCUUUAUUAUCAAGAGCAUCUCCGACCGUAACUAGAAGACUAGAAGACAUGGCUGCGCAUGAAGAUCUUUGAAUUUUACAAUUAGUGUUUCUGAAUGCUUUGGAUAAUGAACGAGCUGCAAGUGGCAUUAAGCUUCAAACGCCAAUCCUACACAUUUUUCAAUUGCUAAAGAUAAUGAUGCGGUUGUUAUUGUUUUAUAUUCCUUAACUAAAAUAACGGAAGGGAAAAUAAAAGAAC